AUGUUGACCGCGCCGCGCGAGUCUGUGCUGACGCCGUCAAUCCACGCCGACCGUCCCCAGUGGGACGGUGUCGACCUUGCUACCGAGGAUGCUGCAGAUCAUGCCAACGCUGAGCAGCCUCGCAAGACAAUAAACGGCCUUGAAAUGGCCGUGGCUGCGUCUCGCGGAGCUUGUGGAGGUCGAGGUCGUGGUGCCAGCUCCCGGCGAGGCGGAGCUACAAGUUCUACACCACGUGGAGGUGCCAGGGGCUCACAGCGUGGAGGAUCGCAGCGUAGAGGCGCAGGUUCACGCGGUGGCAGGGUGGCUAAACCCGCCAGAGCUCGGGCGACAGGUGCCCGCCAGUCUGGAAGACUGGCCGCGCAGGUGACAGAGGAGUCGCUUGCUUAA